AUACCCGUGGGUGGAAACAGGAAACAUUAGUGAUAAAUGCUCUGUUGCUUUUUUUUUCAGGUUCAGCCCAAUGUAUAUUGAUUCUAAUUAGCACAUUUUGUGCCUCAGCUAGUAGCUCUCCUGUAGCUCUGCUUGGAGAGUUUUUUUUAGAAUCCACCCUGCUCAUAAACACUGCCACCUCCUCCCUCCUUCUCUCUUUACAAAUGUUACAACACAAUCAGAAAUUUCCUCUUUUCUUUCCUUCCUGCAUUUUCAGCAGGUUCCCUUGCGUCAGAAGCCAAGGAAGAAAACUCAAGGUCUUUUCAGGAUGAGUCGGAGGAGGAUAUCGUGUAAAGAUCUGGGACAUGCUGACUGUCAAGGGUGGCUGUUUAAGAAAAAGGAAAAGGGAACUUUCCUAAGCAACAAAUGGAAAAAGUUCUGGGUGGUGCUCAAAGGGUCAUCGCUGUACUGGUACAGCAACCAGAUGGCAGAGAAAGCAGAUGGAUUUGUCAACCUGUCUGAUUUCACAGUGGAAAGAGCAUCAGAAUGCAAGAAAAAGCAUGCAUUUAAGAUCAACCAUCCACAGAUCAAGACUUUUUAUUUUGCAGCUGAGAAUCUGCAGGAAAUGAAUAUGUGGUUAAAUAAACUUGGAUUAGCUGUAAUUCAUCAGGAAUCCACUACAAAGGAUGAAGAAUGUUACAGUGAAAGUGAACAGGAAGAUCCUGAAGUAGCUGUGGAGACACCGCCCCCUCCUUACUCUUCAGCAGCUUCCUCUCCUGUGGUUGCACAGCGGGCAUCUUCCUCACCCAAAUUGAGUGAAGCAUCCUGUUCUUUUUCCUCACUGGAAAGUACAAUGAAGACACCUGGCAGCUUUGCUUCCUCUGGAUCUAAAGAAAGACAGUCCUGGUUUGACACAGUUAAUAGUUCACCUGCUCUGGAAGAUGUUGGACACUCCCUGACUUUUGCUGUGCAGGUUCAUUCCCCUGCACCCUCAGAGGCAAAUGGUUGCAAGGCCCCAGAAAACAGCUUUGUCAUGGCUGGAAGUGGGCUGUUGAACUCUUUAUCUAGUGAUGACACUUCUUCACUGAGUAGCAAUCAAGACCAUCUGACUGUCCCGGACAAACCCACUGGAUCAAGGAUGAUGGAUGGAGAAGAAACAAAAGCAGCUGAAGAUGAAAUGGAGAAGCUUUACAAAUCUUUAGAGCAAGCUAGUCUAUCUCCGCUUGGGGACCGAAGACCUUCAACCAAAAAGGAGUUGAGAAAGUCCUUUGUUAAGAGGUGCAAAAAUCCAUCUAUAAACGAGAAACUUCACAAAAUCCGAACCUUGAAUAGCACGUUAAAGUGUAAAGAACAUGAUUUGGCCAUGAUUAACCAGUUGUUGGAUGAUCCGAAGCUGACAGCCAGGAAAUACAGAGAAUGGAAAGUCAUGAACACCCUGCUGAUCCAGGACAUCCAUCAGCAGCAGCACACCCCUCCUGCCCCCGAGGGCCGACCCCAGGAUCUCAAAAGAACCCCUCCUUCUGUCUGUGCUGACAGUUCUAUUUGAGAAAGAGCCAGAACUCUCCCUUCUUACAUUCUACUGCAAACAACUCCACAGGAUGUAGCCAAGAGCUUCCAUUUUACCUUAAAAGGAAAAUUGAAGUUCUUAAAGCAUCAGCUCUCCCUCUAAAGAUGCAGCCUGGGUGAAAACAGUAAUCAAAUGCAGCAGAACCCCUAGUUCUACCUGUAUCACAAUCCUUAGGAUGGGAAGGAUUGAGUUCCUUUGAGGAGCCUUGAUUUUAAUGUUCCUCAUGGGAGCUCUGGUGGAUAUGAGAAAUCUAUCUUCUGCCCCUCGUGUCCAAGAGAAUUAAAACAUACCAUGGACACAAGAUCCGGUUUUACUAGGGGUAUAAGUAUUUCAUUAUUUCACAGAAACAUUCUGUUUUCCAAUAGAAGCAUGUAUGUGGUCCACUUGUUGGGCUCAGAGUUCUAGUGUGAGUGGAGGGAGCAGCAGCUGGAGCAGGUUACUUGUUGAUAUGGCAGAGCAAAAAUUGCUUGCCUCUGGUGCAGAAUGGUGGUGUCUUAUUCUCCUGCUGAGAAACACUUGAUACAGAAUGGUGUAUGGAAGUGUCUGAGGAGGCGAGCUCUGCAUUCCACUCACGAAGAAGACAGCUUGGCAUCUUCAUAUUUCACCCUGGUCAGGGGAUCUGACCAAUGUUCCUUUUUCUCACAACAACUAAGAAAAAACUAGCUCAUUAAAGUUGGAGACCUCUACUCUCUCUCAGCUUUCCUGAACAGAGGCAGGAGAGAGUUACCAGCCCAGCAAGGGAAGCUUUGCUGCUUUUGACCUUGGGUGUGGUAUCUGUACACAGUAGGAGUUCAUAGUCAGUUUUUCUGGGAUCAAUCUCGACAAGAUGAUUCUGGCCUCUGAAUUGCUUUAAUGUCAUUAUUUGUGGGAGAAAAAGCCCAAAGCAAUCAAAACAACAACAAAAGAGUUAAACAUAAUGGUUUUAUUUUUAUAUGUCACUUUAUGUGCUAUGUGAAUAGCUAUCUGUUUCUUAUUUAAAUAUAUUUAUAGAAGUUCAAAUUACUAGUGUUUUGAAAGAUGAUAUACUAUUAUAUGUUUUGUUCUGUAUAUAUAUGCUAGAAGUAUAUACUUAUUUUGCUUGAGAAAAACAAAAAUACUAUGGAUUUAUUGGAGUUAUGUUGCACUAUAAUGAAUGAGGAAUGCUCAGGAAAUCUUGAGAAAAAUAUGGGAGCAUGUACUGGUAAUGUUUUAUUUUAUAGGGCACCUCUCCCCCCCUCUUCCCUCCCUGUAUCUCAUAACUUCUAGGUUGUUUUAGAUAAACUUUAAGCUUUAUGCCAUUAUGACCAUAAACCCUAGACCAAAUGAAACAUAAGCAAUGUAAUAUUUUGACUAAAGAUUUAAUAGAAAUUUGGGGAUUGUUGUUAAAAAAGUGUUCGUAGAGAAGCAACAUGAAAGCCUUUGGUUGCCAAUCAGAAUACAGAUUUCUCCUCAUGUUUCAAACCACAAUCCCCAAGAACCUGUUUUGGCUUUACCUUCUGCUAGCAAAUUGAUGUGCAGUUUUAUACCAUCAAAGUGCGGCUUGCCAUUCAAAUGGAAAUAACUGCCUGAAUUACAUCUGCAAACCCAUUGGAAAUGUUGUUGAAUAUUUCCCCAAGUUUUGCUAAGAAGUCAUCAUACUCUGUAAACAAACAAAAAAACACCUUAGCAUUAAGAAGGAAAGAAAGAAAAACUCCAAAACAAACAAACAAACAAAAAACCAGGAAGCAAGUUGUAAUUCUAGAAGCGUGGCCUGGCACACAUGGAGUCACUUCUACACCAGGGAGAGCAUAAAGAAAAUGAGCCGCUCGGAUUAGAUGAUGCCCUGGUUUGAGAGGUCAGUGCUUUAAUUUCUUUGCUUUAGAUUUUCAUUGAUUCUUUCUGUGAUGAACAGGUAUUUGAAUGUUGAGGUUUGGGAUUCACAGUGUAGGUGGAUUGUUAAGGGAAGGAGGAAUCAGAAUGGAGGAAAUCAAGUUGUGACACAAAGGGUACUUCCACCCCUUUUUGGUUUGCAGCACUAACCUAUACACCCUACACAGUUUUCCCUUAAUUAAGGAGCUCCACUUUGUGUAGGGCUUGCCGUAACAUUUAAAUGUUUUACUUUGGCUUUUCAUUAAUACUUGUUGAACUGAACUUUCAAUGUAAUUCUUUUAUUCAAAUUUAAUGGCAAACUCAGCCAUGAGAUUGCUUGAGUAGACCUUAAAGUUAUUUUUAAACUACUGCAAAAAAUUUAACUUAAAAGUUUCUGCUUUGGUAAGCAUCUCCAAGUGAAAGUUAUGAUGAAUUGUAUGAUGUCAUGCCCUGUCCUUUCAGACCAUGCUGCUCACUUAUUAGUGCUUUCUCUUUUGUAAAUAAUUGCUUCCACUUGGGUGUAGGCUGAUAGGAAGCAGAGGCGGCUACUGUGAGUUUCCAUCCUCAGCUAUGGCCACUAAGAGGCAGGUGUGGGACACUUUGCAUGACACUCAGUGUAGGAGCAACCCUACCAAGUUCUGCGUUGCCCUCAAGUCAUUUUUAUGGUCCAAAUGAUUUUGAGAAAACUGGAUUACUUCCAGUUUAUUGCUGAGGAGUGGUCAUCUCUGAAAUGGACUUCAGAUAGUUUAUGGGGUCUAAUGGAAGACUCCUGUACCCUCUGGUGUAACCACAGAGUCUGUGGCUGUGGAAUAACCCAGAACUGUGGCCACCCAGAAAGGAAAUGGAAACCCAUUUAGCCUGUAGACUCAGACUAGAGGUUGAUAUCAUACCCUCACUUGCUGGUAGAUUGCAAAUACACACUGAAUCCCACAUCCAUCUUGCGCUUGAAGUGUGCAUGUUGCUUCUAAGAAUUCCUGCUUUUCUACAAUAGGCUCAAAUCUCAGAAUAGAACCAAAGUCCUAGAAAGAAUGCUAAGCCUACAAUUACUAUGACUGCAGGAGGCCUAAAAGAUUGUGUUUGGAGUCAGUGUGAACUCAUGCCUUACAUUUGCACAAUAUUUUGUAGUUUGCAGGUUGGUGUGGUCCAUUCUUUCCCCCCCUCUCCCAUCCCAUCCCUACCUCUCCUGCUGCCCUGUGAUCUAAGUGGGAUGAUUGCAGAUUACCAGUACAGUGAAGUGUCUGACCCACAGCCCCAAGUGGUGGAGCUGGAACUUGAGCUUGAACCUCAGGACUUAGCUCCUCCCUGCUUAGCCUGUUUUUGCAAAAUUGCUUCUGGAGCAGAGCAAGUUAGGGAAGAAGAAGUAUGAUUUGGAUCCUGCUGUCUGUUGUCCUGGGGCUCAGGACAACGGGGCUGGCCCCUGGUGGCUUUUUGCUAAACCAGUCACCUGUACCCUAAGGGGCUUCUCUGUUGUGAGCAUCUCUGUUGCUGAAGGUCCAGCUCCCACCUGCUGCUGGGCUAUCUGUGACCAUCUCUUCCUGUAAGUUAGAUUCCAUGUUAGUGCUGUGGGAACCUCAGAUGAAAGCGGUUGUCUUUAAUGGAAUGGAGAGCAUUUAUUUUGUUUUCUUUCCAAGGUGUAUCAUGUCUGAUGUCAGAGACUCAAUUUAGAGAUUAGGAGUUAGUCCUCUGAUUUUCCCCUCAAUUUCUUAUCAUAUAAUUAUGGUAACUUCCUUAAGGAGACUACAGAUCACAACAUCAAAGAGAUGAAACAAAUUAAAAGAAAAAAAAUUAUUAGUCUCUUGAGGAGAGGUGCUAUACCAAUUCAAGCCAUACUGAAAUUCGUGGACAUAUCUCGCUUUGUAAGAAAGAAAGACAGUAUUUUGAUAGAGCCACACAGAUAAAGAUUUAGUAAGUGAGCUAAGUACUUACUAUCCAAAUGUCACUUUAUAUUGAAAGCUGCCAUAUCCAAGUGAAGUUUUAGGAUGUGUCUGUUCUUCAGUCUAAUGGAGAUUUUCCCAUUUAUUUCCCUCCCAAUAUUUUUGUAUAUUUUUUUCACAAGAGAAAUCUAAACUUAGCAAUAGGAGGUGACUGCCUGCCUAUGGUUUUGUCAUGUAUAAUUACAAAUAAAAACCCCUUUAACUAGAUUUUUUACAACCCCCAUGAAAUGGGCUGCUUGUGCUAGUGAAUGAGAUGCAAGCAGCCAUGUGCUUCUCUGCAUUGUGAGCAAGAAACAAUUUCUUGGCCUCUUACAUACCUCUUUCUUCUUCCCCAUAUGACCACACUACCACAUCAGAAAUGUUAAAAAAUGGAUUUUACGUUUUUAAAAAUAUGUUUUUAUAUUUCUCUUCCUGUGAGAAAACUUAAUCACUAUGUAUUAAUAUUCCUUUACCUUUAGCCCAUGGAGACAUUUAACACCCUAUAAUGAAAAGCAGGGUUUUACAUCACAUGUUUCAAUAUCGUUGCAUGAUGGGGAUGUGAUUUAACACUGCAUGGUGUUUGGGGCAAGGUCUUAAUGUGGAAAUGAUGUCUUAAAUUCCAUUGUGCUUUUAUUCUUUGUCAUCUACCCUUUUACUGUACUGAAAAAAGAGGCAUGGUUCCUUUGUCCUGCUUUAUGUUUUUGAAGUUGACUUGUAAGAUGAACAUAAAAACAAAAAAAAAUAUCUAGUAAAGUGAC